GAUUAUCUUAUCUAAUUGGGCAUAUUGGCCGGUUUGCCAGAGACUCCGCCUUACCUUUCCAAAAGCAAGUGCUUGCAAUGCAACGACACCGGCACUAUCACCAGUUUUGGCCAGUGUGUGAGGGUAGUAAGCGCUUAAAUUCUACCAAUGAACUCGCUCAUCUAGUGAACCUUCAAGCAUUAGAGAUUUCUCCCCCAAACUGUCGGGUUUGAUCCCCACCAUUUUUAAUAUUUCUUUGGUUAUGAGUGCGUCUCAAAGCACCAGUAGUUCUUCUCCACGACAAGCACAAUAAUUAUAGAUGUGCCCGGAUGGAGAGUCCUGCCGCUCCUAGCGAUGAACGCGGCGAUGGGGGCCAAAGAUUAUCAACAUGUAUUGGGUGUACAUGCUUCAUUAUCAAACACGACCCUGCCUUCUCGCGGAUGAGCGUUUGUGUGACCCCGCACGAAAUUCAAGGAGCACCAAGAAUGCAUAUGCCCUCAUAAGAAGGGAGGUUGUCCGCGUUUGUUGCACAUUUGCUCACAUCAAAGCUUUCCUCCAUAAUUCAACGUAUCGUUACUUUUUUGCCAUCGAUUUGAGCUUCGUUCACAACCUUAACACGGGAAACUCAACCAAAAAUGUCAACUGUGGCACCUGCUAAUGGAGCUUCUCCUCCUGCCUCCCCCCCGAGGACAGGACCUCGGGUGAACCGUACAGGUACGCCAACAAGCAUGUAUUCUAAUACAAACUCCCCUGUGGCCGCAAGACCUGUUUCUCCUGCAAGCUCGGCAAGCUCGGCAAACUCUGUAUCAUCUAAUCAGCCCUCUGGCCUGGGUCUAUCAACCACAAACAUAAAUCCACCACCCGUUUCACCAAACAGCUCAGUUCCCUCUAGUCCAACAGGCAAUGCAAAUCAACCUCCAAAAGCCAGCUCUUCAGCUGUAUCGAGAUGGGGCAUUGGGUGGGAAACGCCAACGCUCAUGGCAAUUUUUUAUAUUCUCGCUCUGGCCAUGGCCUUUGUUCAUCUCUUUCUCUUUCGCUAUAUUGAUGGAAAGAAAGCCGACGGUCCAGAUAGAGUUGCUCCGCAAACUUACAUCUCAACCGCUUCAAAUAUUCUCGCUAAUGCCUUCUCUUUUUUCCUGAAGUCGGCAUUGACAAUUGCUUUCGUUCAACAUCUGUGGCAUCUCAUGCGGGUCCAAACAAUGAAGAUCUCUACUAUUGAGACACUCUUUGGAAUAAAAUCGAACCCCCUUCAAAUAGUAACUAGCGCCGCCAUACGAUCCACACCCGCUUUGUGUGUCAUUUCCAUAAUCAUGAGUGGCAUGGCUAUCGCGGCUAGCUUUCCACCAGGUGCUAUCAAUGUUAUCUCGACGCAAAUAAUAUCUUAUCAGGUCGUUCCCGUGCCAACAUUCAAUGCCUCUUUCAUGGGUAAUGGCUCUGGUAUCGAUGCCAACGCUUACUCGCUGAUGGAAUUAAUCCCUCUUUCACCAAGUGGCUUUGUUGAUGGCGACUUUACCAGUGGCAAGGACAAUAAUCUCAUAGUCCGACUAGCACGUGAAGUUCUUAUUUCCGGUCAAACAUUCACACAGAGUUCACCAUGCGGUUCCAAUUGCUCAUAUGAAAUACAAUACGAAGGUCCUUGGAUCGAUUGUGUGAACUCCUCAUCCCAAUAUUAUCUCAAGACCAAUGAUACCUUCACCAUUUACAAUGGAACAUGGUCAUCGAAAAUCUCAGCAUCCUUAGCCCAUUCUACCUACAACGGUACUUACACACAAGCGACGUUCAAUAGUAGCACACUCACUCCCAUCAAAGCAAACGGUAUACAUGAUGUUGGUGCCCUUGGAGGCGAAGCAAUGGAGGCUUUAGUUCAAGAAGAUCUCUUAGUAUGUUCACCUGGUCGUGCUCUUUUCACGGUGAACAACAUAUGGGAAGACAACAUUCAGCGACGCGAAUACGACGUUGCACCAAUCUCUCAAUUGACCAACCUCGCACUUCUCACCCACCAAUCAGAAGUCAUCGUCCCCGGCUUCUGUGCUGAAACCGGGACCGGAUACGGAACUGGUCCCGCGAACUGGAGCACCGCCGCUUUGGAUUGGUAUCGUGAUAACAAUAUGAUGACCAUUUUUGCGUCUAUGUUGUCUUUCCUCGAUGGGGAGUAUCUUGCUCGGCUGGUCGCCACCAACAGUUCGAUCAAGCACAACGACUCAGCCUAUUAUACCGAUAUUGCAUGGCAGGAGGCUAUCGUUGGCAAUAAUGAUUUUCUCGCUCAAAGCACGGGUGAAAACGGCACCUUGAUUGACAGCACUCGCUUCAACACGGCCUUCGCCCAAUACACACCCUUCGUCUCUUCAUACCCAUCCUUCAACAUGACCACCUCAACCCUAAACUCUUACCUUUUCAACCUCACCACCUCCGCUAUGCUCUCUUACAACAACUGGAACACAACCUCCAAUGCCACCAUCGUCGACACAAUAAACAUUUACACCUUUUCGCAGCCUCUCAACCUCAUACUUCCCUACUUCAUCACCCUAGGAGUAUCUCUCCCCUUCCUCCUCCUCGGCUUCUGGUCACUCUAUCGCAAUGGCGUCAGCGCCACCGAUAGCGGAUUCAUUCAACUGCUCGCCACCACAACCGGAAGUCAGGCAUUAGAAGAUGCAGCCGCUGCAAGCUGCUUGGGAGGCAGUAACCACAUCGACAAAAUCUUCAAAGAAACGAAAAUUCGCUUUGGGGAGUUGGUUGAUCCCAACAACCUGAAUCCAAAUGCGAACACGUUGAGGAGAGCAGGGUUUGGAAUCGAGUCGGAAGUGAGGGAUCUGGAAAAAGGUGCUCAGUAUGGAAUAAUGCGGUAGCCAAAUUUUUUUAUUUUAUUUUAGCGUCCAGGGAGAGUUUGGAUGGAAGGUGAUAGAUAUCUUCUUCAUAUAUAUAUAUUUUUUUCAAAAAAAUAAAUAAUUCAAUAAAUACAUCAUUUCAACA